AUGAUAAGGAGCUGCAGGUUGGCUGGUAUCAGUGAUCUAAUAGCUGCACAAGGAAAGUAUCAUCUGAAAUGUUAUACAUGCUACCUGAACAAGAUGACUCAGAAGAUCUCGGAAGAUGAUCAAGAUGCUAAUGUUACAUGUUUUAAAGAGGUCAUGGCUUUGCUCGAGAUGAGGCUUUCAGAAGGCCACAUCUACUCCCUAAGGGCCGUGUGGACAUAUUAUUCCAAAAGGCUGGAACAAAAGUAUCAUCUUCAACCGAGUGUUUACAGAAGUAACACGCUUAAAGAAAGAAUCCAGAAUUUUCACGGUGCAAGGGUUACAUUUCUUUCACACUUAAACCCUGAGCCUCAUCUAAUAUUUUGUUCUAAUUUGGGUGAAACAGCAUUGAAACACUUGCUCAAAGAACCGAAUCAGCAAUGGAAUUUAGACCAGGAAUCAUGCAAUGAUAAGCUAAUCAAUGACGCCAUCGAAGAUGUCAAUCUUGAUGCUGAAUUGUUGAGUUGGUUGUAUCGAGUUUCAGUUUAA